CAAACGCAGAACCUGGCCGAGGACAAGACGUAAGACUUCUCCCUCAUUGGAUCAGAGGUUCUAGAAAUGGAACUGGCCUCAACAUCAGUUGGCAAGUUUACAGUUGAUCUUUUCAAUAAGCUGAAUGAGACCAACAAGGGCAAAAACAUUUUCUUUUCUCCUUGGAGCAUAUCAUCUGCUCUGGCUCUGAUGUACCUGGGUGCAAAAGGCAAUACAGCAACAGAGAUGGCAGAGGUUCUUCAUUUCACUCAAGCAGCAAGAGCUGAAGGUUCUUCUGUGGCCAGACCUUCUCGGGGAAGACCAAAGAGAAGAAAAAUGGAUACUGAGCACGAGCAAGCUGAUGAUAUUCAUUCUGGCUUCAAAGAGCUCCUGACUGCCAUCAACAAACCCAGAAGCACCUACUCUCUGAAAAGUGCCAACCGCAUUUAUGUGGAAAAAACCUUCCCAUUACAGCCUAUAUACAUACAGCUCAGUAAGAACUACUACAAAGCAGAGCCACACAAGGCUAACUUUCAGACAGCACCAGAACAAUCCAUAAAGGAAAUCAAUGCUUGGGUUGAAAAACAAACUGAGGGCAAAAUCAAGAAUUUGUUGGGUUCACAAGAUGUGACAAGUGCCACCAAGCUGGUUCUGGUAAAUGCCAUUUACUUCAAGGCAGAAUGGAAAAUGAAAUUUCAUGCAGAAAAUACAAACCUGCAACCAUUCCGACUGAGCAAGAACAAGACCAAGCCUGUGAAGAUGAUGCACAUGAGACAUACAUUUCCAGUUCUCAUCAUGGAAACAAUGAAAAUGAUUGAGUUGCCAUAUGUGAAACAUGAACUCAGUAUGUUCAUCCUCCUUCCCAAUGAUAUCAAAGACAGCACGACGGGUCUCGAACAGCUGGAAAGAGAACUCACGCAUGAGAAGCUGUCUGAAUGGACUGAUUCCAGAAAUAUGACUGAAACCCUUGUGGAUCUGUCCCUACCUAAGUUCACAGUGAAGGAGAGAUAUGACCUCAGUAGUAAUCUGAACAGCCUAGGAAUGCGCAGGGCCUUCAACAGCAGUGCUGAUUUCAGUGGAAUGGCUGAGAAUGGUGAUCUGUUAAUCUCCAAAGUUUUGCACCAGGCUUUUGUUGCAGUUGAUGAGAAAGGCACUGAGGCAGCUGCUGCUACUGUAAUUACAUCAGUAACAAGUGGACCUCUUGACCAUGCUCUGAAAUUUAAGGUUGACCAUCCUUUCCACUUCUUCAUCAGACACAACAAAUCCAAAACCAUCCUCUUUUUUGGCAGAUUCUGCUCUCCCUCAGAAUGAGUUAUUACUUUCUCCCAGGCAGGACCCAAGUUUCACUGUUCAAUGGAAAUGUAUUAAAAGUUCAACCUUAAGCCAUGUAGCCAUAUGUACUGAAAAUGUAUGUCCUUUUUCUUCCCCCCUGCCCCCGCCAAGUAAGACAGCACCCAGAGACCACUCUGUGCCUCAAAGACCAUCCCUCUGCUGCUCCUUUCCAUUGUCCUAAUGAGACAGUCCUCCACAGAAAACAGUGCAGAAUUCUGCUCCCUUGUAUCAAA